AUGAGCGAAGACCUGGACGGCGACGUCGCGAUGGCCACGCCUGCUCCAGCGCUGCCCUCCUGUGCCCUCUCUCCUACUGAUUCUCUUCCCCCGCAUCUCCUCUCCAUCGUGACCAGUGGAGACUUCGCGUCUCUUUCUGUUGCCAGCGCUACUGCUGGCUCAAAUGAAGCUCUCGACACCCUCUUGACUCCUGUGUUGCCGCUUUUAACUCGUCUCCAGAGCUCACGACGUGCAGCCGCGACAAUGAAGUCAAUACCCAAGUCUACGGCAUUGGACGCCACGCUUCUUCACGUUGAAAACGCGUCGAAAUGGCGCCAGUAUGCCCAAGUGUUCAUCGAUCUGACCCCUUGUAAGCUCCAGGCGGCCAUAUCUUCUGACCCACAGCCCGCGUUUCGCCGCUUUGAGAGCGGAUCGGCAGUUGAUCGAGUCAUGAUUGUGCUGUGCGAGUGGCUGCUCGCAGCGCCUGGGAGUUUGGACUCCAGCGAGCUCUUUUUGAACGAGAUUUACCAGGAUGAAGUGACGACGAUCGUAGUACAGGCACUGGCUAGUCCUAAGUUGCAAACACUGCAACAAUCUGCUGCUUGUCCAUUAGGUGCUCUUUCAGUCGCUCGCAAGGCAUUGAACGUGCCGGUGGGCCCCGUGAUGCUUUCGAGACUGGCGGUCAACGACCCUUCCUGUGUUGAGACACUCAUGGAUGCUGUAGUGACAGUCGUGGUGGAGACGACGACUAAAAACAAGGCAUUAGUACAGCAGGAGCAAGACGCACUGAAGGUGGUGCCGUUCGUGCUGAAAAAUGCGCAGCAUGCGUGUAUGAAGCUAGCCAAGUUGGCGCCGCUAUAUGCUGCAAAGCUGUGCGAAAAGCUGAGUCAGCAGCCAAUGUCGCUACAUUGUGUAGACAUGGCGUUUGAGCUGCUGACAUCAUGUUCAAGUCGAGAGGAUAUGCUUGUGUUCAUGUGCCAGUGGAUGAAAAGAGACGGUGCGCCGGGGUCGGCCGUGUGGACGUAUGUGCAGCUUGCAUGUCGAGAGGCUGUAGCAGGAACGAGCGAGUUUCAACAGCAUGCGGUCGCGAACUUGAAAAAAAUGUGGGAUGUGCUGUUAGACACGCUUGAUAGUCGCAGCCUAAGCGUGAUGCCGUACAUAUUGACGGCAGCUCUGGCUGUGUGUGUUGGACUUCAAGUGCUUGGCAGUUUUCCGUUGACGGAGUCCGAUCGUAUUCGAAUUCUGCGGAGCCUUGACGCACUUGCACCGUCCUUAUCGUCGCGCUCGAUAAGUCUGGCAUUUAUCGUUGUGGUGCUAUUGUGGUAUCCGCUCGCUCCCUCGUUGAGCAAGGCGCCAGGUCAGCGUGACGAGCACACUGUCGUUGCUGUCUCUAUCUCUCAGCAAGUGCUAAUGUCACUGUUUCGUGCACGACAAGCUGGUACCGGGCCGCUGUUCGUGGUAUCAGCGGUGCUGUUCUACACCAAAGCUCCUGCUCUUGUGUCUUUCCUUGCGUCGGUGAUUGGUUUUGGUGGAGACACAUGCGACUCUUCCUCUACUUUGGCAGCAGGAGGUGGCAUUCAGGUGCAGCUAGCGUUGCGAGCGGAAUAUCUUCAUGUGUUUGGAGACGUCGUGCUCAAGCCGGUUCUAACAGAAAGUCUGUUGGCCCGCGAGGUGCUGACUUUUCCACCCGUGGCCUGUGUCUCGGCAUCAGAUGCGGCGUCGAUAGGAUCCCGACAUGAUUUCACGUUGCGUGGAUUGCACGGGUUGCUGUGUGAGAAGUCUUUUUUGCGGCAUCAUCAUGCUCAUGAUCUUGAAAGUUGGAUCGCUGCUCAGGUUGGCGACCAUGCAGCUUUGCCUGUUCACCCCCUUCUCGUCAGCUUGUUGCUCGAAUGGGUCGAGAAUUACGUGAUGGCAUUCGAAUACCCUAUCGCCCAAUCCCCUUGUCGAUACCAACUUUCGAUUGUUCCGUUGCGAAGCUCUACGUUGACUAAAUGGCUCACGUCCCCGCUAUUGGGUCAACCCUAUAAGUGCAGUAGCCGACACGAAGACGGUUUGAUCUGGGCACGUGGAGUAUUAGGGCUUGCGUACGCAUUGCAGUUUAACCAGCGAUUACGUCGCGCUACGAUGGUCGCUGGUAGUAAACUGAGCAGUCUGGCUUCCACUUCGUCGAUGUGCACCAAUGCGUCUAUCACAGCUGGAAUGGGACCAGGGGCUGACAUUUGUUUACAUUAUGACCUGAGCGCAUUCCCUUUGCGCAACAUUGCGACCCAAACCCUUGCACACGGAGACCAGGGUGACGUUUUCGAGUUCGUAGCUCCGACGUUGCUGAGACUAAUGGUGGAAGAAUACCCGCAUCUUUUUGACGCUGCCACAGCUUCGGCACCAUCAGGCUCGACAUUACAGCUGUUACCUCUCGCAUCUAGUCCCUGUGAUUUAGCAGAGUAUGACCUGAGAAGAAGCUGGUUUCGUCGUCACCGUAAAUGUGGUGAUGCGCUGGAUAUUCGUGUUGAACAGUCGCCUGCAUCAUGGACAGCAGUCCAUUUGCUUCUUGCUGAGCUGCAGUCGGCGCCUAUUGACAUAGUAGUGCAUCAGCUGCUCGCAUUGGUCGACGGUUUUUUGCCAUUCGCCGUUAUGUCAUCGAACGCGUCUUCGAGGUCGUGUGAACAAGUCGCAGCAUUCUGCUCGCAACUUGCCGCGUUGUACGAGUCACGUGUUCGCCGUGAACAAGGAAUAAGUGUGUCGCUGGCGAUGCGAUUGAUACAUUCGCUAUGUUUUCCGGAUGUGCUAUGGCACCAGCAACAGGUGCAGACGCGCGAAAGACGACCACUGCAACUGUUGACAUACAUGCAGGCGCUGGAAGAACCGUUCCGACUUGUUGAAGACGCUAACGACGGUGUGUUUUGUCAACCGGCGUUGUUGCGAAUGUUUCUAGGUCUGGUUCGCGAUGUGCGAGCUGCAGCCGAUACCCACGUGACCAAGUGCGAUCCCAGCUGUGUGCCAACGGAUAGUAUGGCUGGCAGUACAUCAACUACGAGCACUGUUCAGCAGCAUCAGCUCCUCCAGGACUGUUUGUUGGUUCAUUGUCUGAUCGAGCGACAUUCUACACUAAGGUCUGAGUCAAGUGAUGAUGAAGUCGCCGAAGAGGGCCGUGCUUUGCUACGCACAUUCGUGAACGAGCUGCUGCUGGCUGAUGGUAAGUCGUCCAAUCCGUCUCCUCCGCGACUCCUACUAGCACUUCAUACACAGGGGUAUGAUAUAACACUGGUUCCGACGUUGGUUGCCAAUGUACCAGCGAUGAAGCUGUUGUGGGAUUACUGGAUGUCAUCCAAAAUGACUUCCCCUAGUUCAUCGUCGUCCCAGGCUACUCACGCAACGAAGCCGCUGAUGGAGUUUAUGGCAGAAGGAGCUGAACAGGACAUGGCUCAAUGGCGUUUUCGAUUGCGCGUCGUGCUCUCGUUGUGUGCUACAUAUCUUUCUGGUCAUCGACAGAGUGCUGCGAUGCAACAAGCUCUUCGUGUGAUAUGGAACAAGUUGCGCAAUGGUGUUGGAAGCUCUGGCGAGAGCUGUGCUCAGUACGUUAGCCUCUUGUCCGAAGUGCUGCCUUGGAUCGUUGACGCAUGUGCGCAGAACGCCGACCUUAGCGCUGAGCUUGUGCAUUUCCUGCUCAAGUUACAGAGACAGCAACAAACUGCAUCGAGCACAAGGAAGGAAAGAGACGGCGCUCGAAAGACAACCACGGAAGCUACACGGAGACCUCAAGAUCAACGGCAAGAGCUGGAGCAGGUUCUACAUGACACCUACGCGUCGUUGCUUCGACAGAUUUAA